GUCUUAUGUUUAAAAAGAAUAUUAUCAUGCAAUUUGUUUUAUUCAUAUAUUUAAAGUUACGCUUUGAAUCGUUUACGAAAAAUAUUUAUUGAAAUUAAUUUUAUUGAACAACUUUUAUAACCAAAAAAUGCUCAAAAUUGAUAAUAUUUCAAUGAAUAUUUAUACACAGUAGUUUGUCGUAAAUUUUUAUCGAUACAAAGUUCAAAACAUCGUACGUAGAUUUAACAUUUUUACAGGACUCUAUUUUACUAAACAAUCACCGUUAUUGUCAAAAAGUAAAUAAAGUGCGUGAUUCAUAGCCACUAGAGGAAACCGCAACUUUUACUUUUUAUUCAGUGUUUAAAAUUAUUCAUGAUAUAACUUUGUCACGACGAACUGGUGAUUGGUCCCUUAAAGUAUUAAAUAAAAAACUGCUUGUAGUGAUUAAGUGUCUUUCUUCAGCAGAUAACUUACGAUAAUAUUUUUGAAAUGAUAGAGGAGUUGAUUCAGAGCUAUAACUUUGCUACAAUAUUUGUAACUAUAUUGAUUGCGGUCCUUUGGAUAAUUGUUGCUAGACGACCACGAGAAUAUCCUCCAGGACCACCCGUGUUUCCGGUGUUGGGAAAUAUCCCUUCUUUGAUCAGCAAGGACCCUGUUCUAAAAUUCACUGAUCUUCGAAGGACAUAUGGAGACAUCUACGGAUUGUAUAUUGGAAAGGAUUUUACCGUAAUACUUAAUGGUUAUGAAGUUAUACACGAUGCUCUUGUUAAAAAAGGUGACGUGUUCUCUAAGCGGCCACGUUCGGAAUUUCAUCAGCUGAUGUUUAAGGAGCCCGGCAUUGUUUUUGCAAAUGGUAAAGCUUGGAAAGAGAACCGGAAAUUCGCACAACUUGCACUUAACGAAUUUGGUUAUGGAUGGACAGAAAAGACGAUGGAAGAAAGGAUAAAUGAGGAGAUCAGAUAUUUCGUAAACAGAAUCGAAGCUUUUGAACAGCCUUUUGAUAUAUGUGAAAGUGUAAACCUUAGUGUUGCUAACGUUAUCGCGGGGAUUUUGUUCGGACAACGUUGUGAGUACGACGACAGCAGUUUUGUUUCAUGUCUCCAUAGUGUAGGUGAAGCUGCGAAACUGUUCGCUAGAACCGGUCUUAUGAUGAGUUGUUUUCCUUUUUUGAAAAGUUUACCUGGCGAUCUACUAAGUUUGAAUAAAAUAGAACAAAUAAGGCAAAAGCCAAAGCAAUUUCUGAACAGUAUUUGUAUGCGACAUACAGAAACGUAUGACAAAGAUAUAAAAAGGAAUGUCUUAGAUUUAUACAUGAAACAGAUUGGGCUCCAAACUAAAAAUAAUAGCGAAUGUGGCAUGUUCUCCGAGGUUAAUAUGCGAGUAAUGAUGGGUGAACUUUUGAGUGCUGGAUCUGAAACAACAGCUACCUGCAUAAUCUGGAUAAUUCUACAUCUUAUACGUAACCCUGAAAUACAAAGAAGAUUACACGAGGAAAUAGAUGAUGUAAUUGGAAAAGAGAGGUCUCCGAAUCUCGAAGACAAAAUAAAACUUCCUUUUCUAGAAGCCACAAUCCUUGAAGGACUUCGGAUUGCCCCUGUAGCGCCACUUUCCGUACCACAUGCUGUUCACGAGGACGUCACAUUUAGAGGUUUUGUCAUCCCUAAGGAAACCACAGUAUUGGUUAAUUUACAUUCUGUCCUGAAAGACCCACAUAUAUGGAGUGAGCCAGAUUGUUUUCGACCAGAAAGGUUUUUAGAUGAAAGCGGAAAUAUUUCAGUACCUGAGGAGUUUAUACCAUUCAGUGUAGGACGACGUGCAUGUUUGGGUGAAUCUUUGGCGAGAAUGGAGUUGUUUCUGUAUACAGCUACGUUGUUACAAAAGUUCACGAUUUCCUCUGCCGAAGAAGGAACAUUGCCAAGUGAUAGAGGCCAUUUAGGAAUGACCUUUAGUCCUUUACCUUUCAAAAUCAGAUUGAAAGAGAGAUGGUAAAUUCUUAUACAUAUUCAACGCUAUGUAUAAUUCUUCUGAAACAUUAACCAAAACAGUAUUAAAAAACUAAAUUCUCAAUAUCAACAAUUUUGACAUAUUAGAUAUGUGAUAACGAACUAUAGUGAUUUAUCGUGUAGAAGAUUCUAUAUUGAACGGAUGUUAAUUAUCAUUAUUCUACAUUUUAUAUGUAUCAUUACAGAACUAUACAAACGGCCUGAAAAUGGUCGAAUUUUAAGAAUCUUCAAACAUCAUAUUUCUUUUGUGAUUCUAUUAAUUAUAAAACAUAUUGUGAGUUUUUAUUUGAAUACUAUAAACUUAUUUGAAUAAAACUUUAUUGACA